AUGGCUGCCGGAAGGUUACUGCUCUACACGGGCCUCUCGCUAGCGCUCUGCGCCCUCGGCAUGCUGGCCGUGGCCAUCUGCUCGGACCACUGGUACGAGACGGACGCCAGGAAGCACAGGGACAGGUGCAAGGCCUUCAACACCCGCCGGGUCGACCCUGGCUUCAUUUACAACAAUAACAACAACUUGCCGCUCCGGGCGAGCCGCUCGCGCCUGGACCGCUGGGAGGGCAAACUCCUCCGGGCCCGGAAUCGCCGGCAGCUGUUCGCCAUGAGCCCUGCGGACGAGUGCAGCCGGCAGUACAACUCCACCAACAUGGGCCUCUGGAGGAAGUGCCACCGGCAGGGCUUCGACCCCGAGAUCGCCGCCCUCAUUCGGAAAGGAGAAAUUGAGCGAUGCACAUACAUCAAAUACCACUACUCCUCAGCCACCAUCCCCAGAAACCUCACUUUCAACAUCACGAAGACCAUCCGUCAGGACGAGUGGCAUGCCCUACACCUGCGCAGAAUGACGGCCGGCUUCAUGGGCAUGGCGGUGGCCAUCAUCCUCUUCGGCUGGAUCAUCGGCGUGCUGGGCUGCUGCUGGGACCGGGGCCUUAUGCAGUAUGUGGCAGGGCUGCUCUUCCUCAUGGGAGGAACCUUCUGCAUCAUUUCACUGUGCACCUGUGUGGCUGGGAUCAACUUUGAGCUGUCACGCUACCCACGCUACCUGUAUGGACUCCCCGACGACAUCAGCCAUGGCUAUGGAUGGUCCAUGUUCUGUGCAUGGGGGGGCCUGGGCCUCACACUAAUCUCGGGAUUCUUCUGUACCUUGGCCCCCUCUGUUCAACCUGUCCCGAGGACCAACUGCCCUAAAUCCAGACCCGAGAAUGGGACAGUGUGCUAAAA